AUUUGCUCCUGCAAAGACACCAUACCAUACCAUUUUGCAUUUCUGCAGACAAAUUUGAAAAAUCCGAAGGUCUAGGUACUACGAACGAGUCCAGCCCUGACAACCGUACUCUAAGCAAGCAUGAGCAACUGGGGAGGAAACUCUGGCUUCGGGUACUAUGAUGCAGGGGAUGACGAGGACCAUGAUGAGGAGGAGUACGGAGGGGCCGAGUGGAAGAAUGCUGGGAAGGACAGCCUCAUCUUCCUCAUCGACUGCUCCGAGCAGAUGUUUGAGAAGGACGAUGACAGGAGCCAUUUUGAGAUGAGCAUUGAGUGUGCCAAGACUGUACUAAGCAACAAAAUCAUCAGCAGUGAUAAGGAUCUGGUUGGCGUGGUGUUCUUUGGGACAGAAAAGGACAAAAACAGUGGAAGUUUCAAACAUAUCUAUGCCCUUCAGGACCUUGAUCAGCCUAGCGCCAGUAGAAUUCUGGAGUUGGAGUCUUUCCUUACAGAGGGCAACAAUGAUUUUGCCAACAAGUUUGGAUUUGAAAGUGGCUACAGCCUCAGCGACGCCCUCUGGACGUGUUCUAACAUGUUUUCACAAAGUCCACAGAAGGUGGGUCACAAGCGCGUUCUUCUCUUUACUAACGAUGACCACCCCCAUGACAAGAAUGUAGCGUUCCAGCGACAGGCCAAGCAGAAGGCCAAGGAUCUGGAUGACAUCGGGAUCGAGAUCCUACUCAUGCAUAUGGCUCUGCCUGACUCUCCAUUCCGCUUCUCUGAAUUCUAUCAGGACAUUGUCCAUGGAAGCGAGGAUGAGGAGGGUUUAAUUCCCGAUGCUUCUGAGAAGUUUGAGCAGCUUCUGGCGAGGGUACGAGCAAAAGACCACAAGAAGAGGACCACGGGGAGGAUUCCCUUCUCCCUCGGAAAGGGACUGGAACUAGGCGUGGGCGUGUACACCCUUGUAAGGCAGCAGGCUAAACCCUAUCCUGUGAAGUUACAUCGACAGACCAAUGAGGCUCUCAAGAAUAAAUCUAAGAUGUACUGUGAGGAUACGGGAGAGCUUCUGAUGCCUUCAGACAUCAAGAAAUACCAGACGUACGGUGGAAAGAACAUCAUCUUUGAGAAGGAUGAGGUGGAUGAAGUCAAGAAGUUUUAUGAUCCAGGCCUAACCCUGAUGGGUUUCAAGCCCAGGUCGGCCCUCAAGAAGUAUUUCCAUGUCAAGCCAGCCCAGUUCCUAUUCCCAGACGAGACCUCUGUUUCGGGUAGCAAUACUCUCUUCAAUGCGCUCCUGCAGCGAUGCUCGGCCCGGGACAAGGUCGCUAUCUGCCGUUACAUUCCACGCAAGAAUUCACCCCCAAAGUUUGUCGCCCUCUUGCCCCAGAAAGAGGAACUUGAUGAGCAUUCCGUUCAGAUCACUCCUCCAGGAUUCCAUCUCAUCUUCUUGCCUUUCUCCGAUGACAUGAGGAAACUGGAACAUCCCACUCACCCGAGGGCUACACCGGACCAGAUCGACAAGGCCAAGAACGUUGUCAAGAAGUUACAGUUCCAGUUCUCCUCGGAGAACUUUGAGAAUCCAGUCCUCCAGACGCACUACAGGACCCUGGAGGCCCUAGCGCUCGAUAGGGACACCACAGAUGAUAUGGUCGACCAUACCGAACCCAACAAAGAGAUGAUUGAGAGGAGGGCGGGGCCUGGCAUCAGAGAGUUCAUGGAGUCAGUCUUCCCCGAGGGGUACGACCCCACGGCCAAACCUGCUGCUAGAAAGAAGGCUGCUGGUGGUACCAUUGAUGUUGCUGAACAAGCCCGAAAAGAACAGCUUUCCAAGUUGACCGUAGCCGUCCUGAAGGAGUUCUGUCAAACGAAUGGACUUUCAACUGCGGGGAGAAAGAAUGACCUCAUAGGAACCAUCAAUGACCAUUUAGGGUUAUAAAUUGAAUUAAAGGGGAAUAAUGACC